AUGUCGAUUUCCCCAGGUUCUGUCACAUCUCAGCCGCACAUUGCCCUCUUUCCGAGUGCCGGAAUGGGUCAUCUGACCCCUUUUCUCCGCCUCGCCUCGCUGCUAUUAUCCCACAACUGUAAGCUAACUUUGAUCACCACAAAACCUACUGUUUCAGUCGCUGAAUGUACACACAUUUCUUCCUUUCUCUCCAAACAUCCAGAAAUCAAUCAUAUUGAAUUCCAUGUCCCUCCAAUGCAGCAUUCGGAUUCCAUUUCGGAUGACCCUUUUUUCAUCCAAUUCGAAGCCACUAGCCGCUCUGCACAUCAGAUACAUCCAUUGUUAGCUUCUUUAACUCCACCGAUUUCCGCCAUUUUUGCAGACCUUGUGGUCGCCAAUGGUACCAACAAAGUUGCGGUUGAUCUCGGGGUACGAAACUAUGUUGUUUCCACCACUUCUCUCAAGUUUCUUUCACUCAUGGCGUAUCUACCGAUCCUGACAACAUCGGAUGCUGCUAAGCUCGUCGAUGGUGCCGCCGAGAUCGAGAUCCCGGGGCUGACCCCGUUUCCGAUAUCAAGCAUUCCACCUCCAUUCUUCAAUGCCGAUCAUGGAUUUACAGCAACCCUUGUUUCAAACGCUAAAGCUCUCCCUUUCUGCAAUGGAAUCCUAAUGAACACCUUUGAAUCCUUUGAGCCUGAAACUCUUUCAGCAAUCAGCAACAAGAGAGCCUUAAGCAAUCUCCCAUCGAUUCUCCCUAUAGGACCAUUGGAAACUUAUGGUCUCAACAUGAACGACCAAACUCGAUAUCUUCCAUGGCUGAACGACCAACCAGCUGAAUCAGUCGUUUUCUUAAGCUUCGGAAGCAGAACGGCCAUGUCGAAAGAUCAAAUAAAGGAAUUAAGUGAUGGACUAGAGAGAAGUGGGUAUCGAUUCCUUUGGGUUCUCAAGACGAAAAAAGUUGACAAAGAUGAAAAAGAAGAUUUGGGAGAGAUAUUAAGCAGUUCAUUUCUCGAAAGCACAAAGAACAGAGGUAUGGUAAUCAAAGAAUGGGUGAACCAGCAAGAUAUUCUGGGAAAUGCAGCCAUUGGAGGAUUUGUAAGCCAUUGUGGGUGGAACUCAGUGAUGGAAGCUGCUGGGAAUGGGGUUCCAGUGCUGGCAUGGCCUCAACAUGGGGACCAAAGAACAAAUGCAGAGGUUUUGGAGAAAGCUGGGCUGGGAAUAUGGGAUGCAACGUGGGGAUGGGGAGGUCAGAGAUUGGUUAAACAAGAUGAGAUUCAGAGAAAGAUCAGUGAGUUGAUGACAGAUGAGAAGCUGAAGAGUAAGGCUAAAAGUGUAGGGAAUGAAGCUAAGAAAGCUACUGGAAAUGGUGGGACUUCCAAAAACACAAUCCUGGAAACCAUUGAAUCGUUGAAGCAAAAUGUGCAGACUGUUUUAGGAACUCAUAAAAAUUAG